AUGGAUGAGACGAUUUCGGUUAUUACAAAUGAUGGAAGAAAUAUUGUGGGAGUUCUAAAAGGUUUUGAUCAGGCAACCAAUAUAAUUCUCGAUGAAUUCCAUGAACGAGUUUUCUCUACCAAGGAAGGUGUUCAGCAACUUGUUCUGGGUUUAUACAUCAUUAGGGGUGACAACAUAAGUGUUGUUGGUGAACUGGAUGAAGAACUAGAUUCGAACCUUGAUUUGUCCAAGCUUAGAGCUCAUCCUUUAAAGCCCGUCAUCCAUUGA